UCUCAUGUAACAAGAAGCACCUGCGAAAAAAAAAACCACCCAAAACCAACAAAAUGAAGACUUUCCAAAUUCUCUCAGCCGUGGCCAUCAGCCUCCUCUUCGGGGGUGCAGCCAACGCCGCCGUCAUCGCCGGCCGCCAGGACCAAAUUACCAUCAAGCUCUGUCCUCAUGAGAACAUGGAUGGUGACUGUUGGUUCAUUGAUGUCAACGACUGCACCAACGUCGAGGAGCACAUGAAUGACCUGGUCAGCUCCUUCGACACGGGUGAACGCACCUGCAGCUUUUUCGAGAGGGAGAACUGCGGAGGUCACUCUUAUACUGCCAGGGGUGAGAGGAAGACGCUCCCCAAGGACUUCAACGACCAGAUCAGCUCGGUCAAGUGUAACAAGGGUCCGUAAAGGGUCAUCAAAGGCGCAAGUUCCUCCGGC